CUCUAACAGGCUCCCAGUGUCCAUUUCCCCUAUAAAUACUUGCUGCCAUCUCUUCUUCCCCCACCAGCCCAGAGCGAACGUCCUCAGAGGCAGAGCACUGCUGUAGCUGCAGAUCAUCAGAGUAUCAGAAGAUAGCAGCCAGGGUGCGCGGGAGCUCACCUGACCGACAGCGACAGCGGAGGAUGAGCCGUGGCAGCGGCGGGAGGGACCUGGACCUGAAGCUGAACCUGAACCUGUCGCCGCCGGCGGCGCGGGGGAGGGUGGUGUCGUUGGACGAGGAGUCGUCGUCGCCAAGCUCGUGCCUGUCGUCGGAGGGCGAGCGGGAGCACCAUGAACACGGACUGCAGUGGUCGGACAGCCCGGAGGCGACGUCCAUGGUGCUGGCGGCGUGCCCGCGCUGCCUCAUGUACGUCAUGCUCUCCGAGGCCGACCCGCGGUGCCCACGGUGCCGCAGCCCCGUCCUCCUCGACUUCCUGGACCACGCCGCCGGCACCGGUAACAACAGCAACUUCAACGGCGGCAACGACGGCAACAACCUCAGCCGCAGUAGCGGCCGCGGCAGCAGGAGGAACAGGAGGGCAUGAUCAACGAAAAGCGGUAUCAUAUCAAGAACAAGUACUAGUUCCAGAAGUUUUAGUGUUAGCAGUCUACCAAUCUGCCAUUACAAGAACUGCUCCAGUGUAACCAUGAUAUGUCAUCUGCCGUGACGGUGAGACCACCGUGGUAUAUCACGGAUACACUGGAGAUCACCGCGUCUUGGUCACAAUCCCUGCAGGGAGUAGGCCUGCUCAGAUGAAGGACCACACCGUGGGGUAUUACUGUAUUAGCUAGCUGUUCACUUCCUCUUAUUCCCAUAUUCUUUUUCCUUCUAUAAGACACCAAGAAAACUGGGUCCGAAAAAUGAGUCCAAGUUGGGAUUUUACCGUCGUUAUCGAUCGAUAAAUGUGAUGAAUUUGUAGUCAUCUGGGAUCCAAAUGGCUUGAAGAGAGGCCA